AUUUAUAAGAGACAUCCCAGGAAGCAAAGUUUGCAUGGGGUUGUUGAUGUUGAGAUUCCUGCUGACAAGAAAGAUCCGGAAAUUGUUCGCCAAGCCAUACUUAAUGCACUAGAAAUGCAUCCCACAGCUUGCACUGUCUUCAAAGAGGACGUGUCCAAGAGAACAAGCGUUAUGAACUUUGAGAAGCAGGUUCUCCAAGCUGAAAAAGCCAUUGAUUUUAGGGUCGUCACGAAGGACGGCGAAGAGCUGCAGACAUUCUCAGAAGAAGCUUUCGACGUGAAGGAAAAAGGCCCCCUUCGGUUUGUUCUACAGCAAGGUUCAAAGACCAACCUAAGAAUUGUCUUCCACAAGGCUGGUUUUGAUGUUAGGGCUAUUUAUCAAUUCAUACAAGACUUGGUCGCUGCAUUCGAUCCAAGCUUAAAGAAAACGAUAUUAGAAAAAGGAAGCAUUGAGAGGAGGAUGUCGCAGUCGGAAGAUUUCAAUGUCGAGCUGGACAAAAUCUACAAAUCGAAAUCUGAAGCAUUUGCUCAAUUUUGGGCCAAGACCCUCAGCCAGGAUGUUGCAAGUACGUCUCUUCGUGGACAACAGAAUCAGUUUCCACCCCGGGCCAUGAUUGCAACCAACGGAAGUCUCAGAACACUUUUGUCUCCGGAGCUCACGCAAAAAAUGACCAACUUCAUCCGCUUCCAUCACGUAUCGCUCUUAGGUCUAGUCGCGGGAGCGUACCAGGCCCUCGUUCACAUCUUGACUGGCAAGUCCAUGAUCAGCCUCAUGUUCCCUGUCGACCUCCGCCGCUACGUCAACGACCUCAACCACGACAUUGCAAACUACUGCAAUGAAAUCCCCCUCUUGGCACAGUUUGACGACACCGCUAAAGUUACCAUUCAAGAGUUCAUCAUUAGCAACAACAAACGCAUUCAGCAGCACAUUGACCACGGCGUGCUGCCCUUCACG